AUGAGCUACUUCGGCGGAUCCCCCUGCGUGGUGUGUGGGUUUCUCUUUCUGCACGUCGUAACAGCUGUGGCCCGACGGCCAACCACUGAGUAUUCGGCUGCACCCAGGCAAAUAUACCUCAUUACUGAUGUUGCUCUCCGAUCCUGGCAGGUAGGGGCGGUCAAGGUCAUUAUACUCCAUUCGAAUCAUUGGGGGCGCUUGGUAGGCAAGCGGCUGCUCGUGCACGGGUACCCAGUGUUUGCUUGGUCGCCAAUAUUUGCUGACGGCCACGGCUCGAGCGCCGAUGCGUCCAAUUACAUCAGAUCCCUGUCACACCGACUGCCGGCUGCCUCCGUUCUCGUUGGCGAAUCUUGA